AUGAUCGUCUACCCCUCAAGCUAAGGGAGAUAUGGAAGAGGCCAUGGAAUUGGAAGAUGAUGUAUUCUUUGCCGACCUGAGCAAGCAAAUAGCACUCCUUAUCAUGGACGACGAUGAAGAGGAUCCAACCACACGUUGUCCCUCUGUUUCUCUCCAGGCAUUUUCCCACGCCUACCAUCCCAGUGUAUGCUCACCUUUGUUGUCCGAACCAACUUGUGGAAGGGAAAGCAAGGGAACAGGAGUUUUCAUUCCCAAGUCAUCUUUACUCAGAAGGAAGAACAAGAAGGGAAAAAAUACUUCAUUCAACUCCAAAUCCUGCAAACAUCCUGAUAAAUCAAGAGCAGCUUCUCAUGUAACCUAUAGGAAUGAGAAAUCUUGUAAUUCUUUUAACUCCAAGCAGAGAUGAAGACUAGGGGGAGACUCCAAGAAGGUGUAUACUUAAAUAAUUCCUACUAAUUACAGUUUUUGUUCUCAUAGGCUAAGUUCUUCUUCUCCUUUGUUUUUCUGUACAUUAGAAAUUACUAGUUACUUUAUUGAUUUGGGUUUAGGGA